ACCAAACCCCUCUUGCCCGCGGCCGCCCGCUGCACUUUUACAUAUCUGAGCGCUCAACAACAGCUAUAGCGCAUCCUAUACGCGCGCAUAGCCGCUUAAUCCCCUCGGCAAAGGCCUGCCAAUCCGGCAUUCGGCUACUGGAGCAAUUGUUGUGCGGGAAUUAUGGGAGCCUGAUGCGCACCCGCUUCUUCUUGCACGCGACAGUCUGAGCGCGAGACAACGUGUGUUCGAGAUAGAGAUAGUAACAAGUGAAGGCUGCAGGAGUCCACCGUGUCCCCACUGUUCUUCUGCACGUUCGCUUCGAAUCUUGAGGGCGUCCCGCAAACCUCCCAUCACGUCACCCCACAAUCGCUACACACGUACCACUACCGCCGUACACAUAACACAACACUACUAGCCAUACAGCCUGUGAGGCUGCACCGCGACAAUGGUGGACCAAGCCAAGGGCAAGAAGCCCAUUGCGGCUAUGAACAAAUAUGUCUACGAUGCCUUCCUCUGGACGUUCUCGAUAUUGGUGGAGCUCUUCUUUCGCGAAGUCCACCCUAGGAGUAGCUGGAAGGUGCCCAAGGAUGGACCGGUUAUCUUUGUGUGCGCGCCGCAUGCCAACCAGUUCGUCGACCCUCUGAUGUUGAUGCGCGUAGUCAAGAAGGAGUCCGACCGCCGAAUCCAGUUCCUAAUCGCCGACAAGUCCAUGAAGAGGAAGUUCAUUGGUGCCAUGGCUGGCUUGACGGGCGUGGUGCCUGUGGGAAGAGCUAUGGACGCGACGAAGCCUGCGAAGGGCAAGAUUUACCUCCCGGAUCCCAUCAGUGACCCGUGUCUGGUUCGAGGUGUCGAUACAAAUUUCGAGGACCCGCAGUUCAUGGUUGGUGGCUCGCUCGUGCUGCCGAAGGUCGAUAACAAGGCAGCUACGGCGGAGAUACUGGAGAUCAAGGGACCGGAAGAGAUCAGGCUUAAGCGUGGGUUCAAGGGCGGUGUUGCUAUGCAGCAGCUUACUGGGCGUAAUGAUAUGACUAAGGAUGGCACUUUCAUCGAUGGCGCUUCGGACAAGGAGGGUGUUGCAGAUGGGUUCGAAGGCAUCAACUUCCUCGUUGCGCCGAAGCUUGAUCAGACUGAUGUCUACGACGCUGUGCACGACGUGCUCCACCACGGUGGUAGCAUUGGUAUCUUUCCUGAGGGUGGCAGCCACGACCGGACCGAUCUUCUACCCCUAAAGGCUGGUGUCGCUAUCAUGGCUCUCGGUACGGUCGCAUCCAAGCCAGACUGCAAUUUGAAGAUCAUUCCAGUCGGCAUGAAUUACUUCCACGCUCACAAGUUCCGCUCAAGGGCUGUCAUCGAAUUUGGUACACCCGUCGAUAUCCCUCCUGAGCUGGCUCAGAAGUUCGAAGGACCAGGCAGGCGUGACGCUAUCGGCGAAAUGCUCGAGUCUGUCCGUCAAGGCCUCAUUUCGGUCACUGUUACUACACCUGACUACGAGACCCUCCAGGUCAUACAAGCUGUCCGACGUUUGUACAACUCCAAAGGCACGAAACUUCCGCUACCCAGGAUUGUGGAACUGAACCGAAGACUCGUCAAGGGGUACGAACGCUACAAGGACGACCCACGCAUCGUCGAACUCAGGAAGGAGGUCAUCUCAUACAAUGCCAAACUUAGGGCUGUUGGACUCCGAGAUCAUCAGGUGCAGUAUGCCAAGAUGCAUCCACUCAACGCCUUCUUCACAUUCUGGUACCGCCUGAGCAAGCUUCUUAUCCUGACCGCGUUUGUUCUGCCUGGCACUAUGCUAUUCGGUCUGGUCUUCAUUUCGACCAAGAUGAUCUCCAUCAAGAAGGCAAAAGAAGCGCUUGCUGCCUCAAACGUCAAGAUCCAGGCUCGAGACGUCAUGGCCACCUGGAAGUUGCUUGUUGCUAUGGCAGUAGCUCCCGCGGUCUACUUAUGGUACAUCAGUCUUGGCCUCCUCUGGUACAGGUACAAUUACUGCAAUGGCUACCUACCUGCAGGGAUUCGAAAGCGCUACCUCAUUAUCAUCCAGGCCAUCAUCUACCCGACCGUGACCUACGCAGCGCUGCGCUUUGGCGAAGUCGCUAUGGACAUCCUCAAAUCCCUCGGCCCGCUCUGGAAGAUGAUGAACCCCUUCUCAUCCACCGAACUCGUCAAGAUUCAACAACGUCGCGAAAAUCUCGCCCACCGCGUCAACGGACUCAUCAACGAGCUUGGGCCCGAGAUGUUCGACGACUUCUACAGCAAACGCAUCAUCCAGGAUCCCUUCACCACAGAAGAGGCGGAAGCGCCACGCACUCCGCCGCGCAAAUCUCGCGCCGAAGCCGAAGAAGAAGGCCCCACUAAUAUCGAAACAUACGACUACCCCAUUUCGCCUACCAGCCCCGGUACAGAAAACGAGAUACCCCGCAACGAGUCCUUCCACGACCUUGCGAACCAGGACAUCUUUUCCACGCGUCCGCCGACGCCCAAGAAAGGACGUAGCAGAAAUAGCAGUUCAGCAAAUCUCGGGUUCCAGCUCAAGCCGUUCAGCACUAUUGACGGCAAUUUGGAUGAGGUGAAGCAGAGACUCAAGGAUGGUGUAAGGCAUCGUAGGCACAAGAGAAGGAGCAGUGGGGCGAAUAGUCUUGGAGAUGGGUUUGAGAGUGAUCGGAGUAGCGAGGCGGGGGAAGUGGAGGGGUUGACUAUGACGAAGAGGAAGGACAGGUGAAGAGAUGAGAGGGCGCAUGUAUGGUCGCGCUCGGUGGAUUGAGAGCUAGAUUUGGAAGGGGACGAAGGGGCUUCGGUUUGGUAUGGCAG